AUGUUAACAGCCCCAGAGUCCGGGGAGGAUUUGUUUAUGUACCUCUCAGUGUCUGACCAUGCCGUGAGUGCUGUGUUGCUAAGGGAUCAAGGAGUACAGCAGCAAGUGUAUUACAUAAGCAAAACCUUAGUAGAUGCCGAGACGAGAUACCUGCCCCUUGAGAAGCUAGUUUUGGCACUAGUACACGCCACGAGGAAGUUGCUGCAUUACUUUCAGUCUCAUACGGUAUUCGUCCUCACCGAGUAUCCCUUGCAGUCGUUGCUAAAGAGAUCCGACUUCACAGGCCGAAUAGCCAAAUGGGGAACUCGUUUGGGUUUGUUCGACAUAAGAAUUUACCCUAAGAGCGACGAGAAGAUAAUCUGUAAUGCGGAGCGCCGUCCGUGGAAAGUGUUUGUAGAUGGCGCUUCGAAUGCUAUGGGGGCUGGAGCUGGUAUUGUCAUCAUCACCUCGGAGGGCAUACGAUUAGAACACUCCUUCAGAUUAGGAUUCAAAGCCUCAAACAACGAAGCCGAGUACGAGGCCUUCCUGGCCGGGUUGAGGGCCGUAUUGUGUUUAGGCGCAAAAGAUGUUGAGAUUUAUUCGGACUCUCGGCUGGUCGUUUAUCAAAUCAUGGGAAGCUUCGAAGCUCGGGACUCUCGGAUGAAAGCCUAUCUGAGUGCAGCUAAGCAGAUCAUUGGUCGGUUCGGGACAGUGAAGGUAGCCCAGGUAGGUCGGGCACAAAACAGACAUGCUGACUUGCUGGCCACGUUGGCUUCAUCCUCUACCGAGAAUAUACCUCGGCUGGUCAAGAUAAAGCUUAUAAGGGAGCCAAGUAUCGAGGUGAAAGGUGAUGACAACCUGGCUGGGGUUGAAGUUGCCAUGAUGUUAAUGGCAAAUCCGUGUUGGAUGAACCCGAUCAUAGACUUCAUAGCCGAGGAUAAAUUUCCGGACGAUGAAAAGGAGGCCAAAAAGAUCCGUCGGGUGGCUUCCCGGUACUGGCUGUCGACAGAUCGCAAGUUGUACCCGAGGUUUUUCGUAGGCCCUUACCUUUUAUGUCUACAUCCUGAGAAAGUGAACGAACUUCUGACCGAGUUGCAUGAUGGAGUGUGUGGUGGCCAUGUCGGGGGAUGGUCUCUAGCGCGUAGGGCCAUGACCCAGGGGUUUUGGUGGCCACAGAUGCAGAGGGAUGCCGCGGAAUACGUCAGGAGGUGUGAACAAUACCAAAAGCACGCCCCUCUGAUCCACCAGCCGGCAGGUAACCGCCGUUUUGUAUUAGUGGCUGUGGAUUACUUCACGAAGUGGGCGGAAGCCGAAGCCUUAGCCAACAUUCAGGAUAUCGACGUGAAAAAGUUUGUGUGGAAAAAUAUAGUCACAAGGUUUGGGGUACCGAACUCACUAGUAUCAGACAAUGGGCUACAGUUCGGUAGCAAAGCUUUCCGAGCCUUCUGCAGCGAUCUCGGCAUUAAGAACAAGUACUCAACCCCGGUAUACCCUCAAAGCAACGGCCAAGCUGAGGCAGUGAACAAGAUGAUUUUGAACGGGUUGAAGAGGAGGUUGGACGGGGCAAAGGAAAGAUGGGUUGAAGAGCUGCCUAACGUUUUAUGGGCUUACCGUACGACUCCCAGAAGAUCCACAAGUGAGACCCCAUUCUCUUUGACAUAUGGGGCAGAGGCCGUAAUACCAACCGAGGUAAGCUUGUGCAGUGCAUGGGUCGCAGGAUUUGACCUUGCCCAGAACGCCGACCUGAUGAUGGAGCGCUUGGACUGGUUAGAAGAAUGCCGGGAGGCCGCAACCAUACGGCUCGCGGAGUACCAGCAGAAACUGUCUCGGAGAUAUAACCAAGAUGUAAAGGGGAGGGAAUUCAGCGCCGGGGAACUGGUUCUAAGGAGGGUCGUGGGAAACAUGCGAGACGUAGCUGUUGGGAAGCUUGCUCAAACAUGGGAAGGGCCGUACAGGAUUACCGCCAUCGCUAGCGCGGGGGCUUACUACUUGGAGGAUCUUGACGGGAGGCCGCUCCCUCGGCCAUGGAAUGCUCACAAUUUAAAGAAGUUCUACCCGUGA